AUGUCAACCCCAACCCAAGUCGUCAUCCCGAAAGAUGCCUGGAUGCUUGUCACCGGCGCAAACGGCUACGUUGGCUCGACGGUCGUAAACACGCUCCUUGAACUGGGCUACAAAGUCCGAGGCACGGUGCGAGCGCCGAAACCCUGGCUGGAUGAACUCUUUGCAUCGAAGUAUGGGGACGGGAGGUAUGAGAGUGUGGUCGUGCCGAGAUUAGACGAUGUCGAUGAGCUUGAGAAGGCAUUUCAGGGUGUUGAGGGGGUGGCUCAUGUGGCAUCAGAAAUACCAAUGAAUCCUAAACCGAACGAAGUCAUCCCCGUAGUUGUAUCUGCCACGUUGAGAGUUCUCGAGGCUGCUGGACGUGUUAAGACUGUGAAACGGGUGGUUUUGACAUCUUCUUCGUCGGCGUGCUAUACUACCCGGUCAAACGUGGAGGGGACUGUCAUUGACGAGAAUUCAUGGAAUGACGCCGCCAUUGCAGCAGCCUGGGAUGAGAAGACACCCCAAGCCCAAAGGCCCGUGGCCGUGUAUGCUGCAUCCAAGACCGAGGGUGAGCGGGCGGCUUGGAAAUGGAUGGCUGAGCAUAGCCCAAGUUUCAAGUUCAAUACUGUUGUGACGGGUACGAACUUUGGCACAAUACUCCAUCCUCAGAUCCACGGCUCGUCAAUGGGCCAAACGGCCAACCUACUUGAUGGCGAUCCAGCCAUAUUCAACCUACCUGCGCUGUGGUGCGUUAACGUCAUGGACACGGCGAAACUGCACGUCAUCGGCCUCCUCGAUCCAAACGUGCAAUCCCAGCGUCUGUUUGGCUUCGCACAGCCGUUCGUGUGGGAUGAUGUCCUCACUAUCCUGCAGAGGCUGCGGCCCUAUAACGACAAGAUUCCGGGUCCGUUGGGUCACACCAGAGAUUUGAGUGAGGUUGUUCCGGCGAGUCGGGCGGAGGAGUUGCUAAAGGCUUUCUUUGGCAAGGGGUGGACUUCUUUGGAAGAGUCGCUUGCGGACGGGAUUGUUGGGAGGUGGGAGGAUCUGGGAAGCUACCCCGGUCUAUAUUACCAACACUAA